GCGCCCACAAUCAAAGACAACUAUAACCCCACGGUUAAUUAAAAAAUAUUUUUUUUUUUACAUUUUACGGUAGUGGUCGGUCGAGGAAAUCUGAUCCCUAUAGGCAGGCCAGUGAAGGCCACGCAUGGACAGCCCGGGGCAUGAUGCAACGCGUGGCUGGGGGAUUAUUUUCACAGUAGUCAGAACUGGAAAGGAUGUGUCAUCAAAACUCAUCACCUCUCACUUCUUUUACAGAGUUUCUUCAUCUAUGCUGACAAUGCUACAUUACGCCUUAGUAUACAUGGCAUAUCAUACCAGCAGAUGGCUUCCACGGGAUGAAAGGUUAAAAUUUCAAAUAAUUAAUGCAGUCUUUGUGGCACUAGUUCUCAUCCCUCAAUUGUUUGUUCUAACCAGACCCAAAUCUUCUAGAUACUGCCAGCAGCCUCUUCUGAACAAUCUCACUGCCUUCAUUGUCCUGUCCUUCAUGGCAACAGGUUUUGCAGUAACAUUCACACUGAUAGACCCAGUUCCCCAGAGCUUCAGGGCAGCCUACCAUGGGUUUGGACUUGUAUCUUUUGUCCAGGGACUAUGCACCAUCGCCCUGACUCUGACUGCACAACAGUGUGCGAAAACAACUCCUGAGCUGUACUAUUUGUCCCUUGUUCUAUCAUUGACUUGUAUCCUGAGUACAGCCUUCUUCUUGGUGAAGGGAGGAUUCUGGGUAAAAACCAAUCGGCUACCCAGGCCUUGCCAGAGAGGGAACAAUGGCUAACUAGUCCAAACAGUCUACAGCUGCUCCAGGUUGUAAUUAUAUAUGCGCCAUAGACCCAUCCAUCUAUAAUUGAUGCUGUUUCCAGGCUACCAUCAGCAAGCGAUACUGUUGCACGGUAUGGUGACUAGUGUAGUAUGUAGUGAAUUUACAUAUCCCAUUUCCUUAAUUUAAUACACUUGAUAUCAAUU